ACCAAUUUAACCCUACACUUUAUUCGUAUCUCCACAUUUUUCUCUUUGUUUCUUAUUGGUUUUUUCUAUAAAAAGCCCAUUUCUGUUUCCCAUUAUCUUAAGGGGAACAACAGGUACACUCCUCACAGUAGCAGUAGCCAGCUUUCGCCAUAAUUUCAGCCAUGGCACAUCAAUUUCUCAGACUCUUCCUUAUUUCAGCCAUUUUCACCAUCUUCCUCUCCCAUAUUUCAGUUUCAGCUACAACAAUGACAUUGUACAACAAAUGUAACCACGCAGUGUGGCCAGGGAUUCAGCCAAGUGCAGGCAAGCCGAUUUUAGCUCGUGGAGGGUUUAAGCUUAUGCCUAACAAGGCUUACCGUCUUAGCUUACCAGCUGGGUGGUCUGGUCGAGUUUGGGGUCGUCAUGGUUGUGCUUUUGAUGCUUCUGGCCGUGGGAGAUGUGCUACCGGGGACUGUGGGGGUGCACUUUUUUGCAAUGGUAUUGGUGGGACCCCUCCGGCUACACUGGCGGAGAUUACAUUGGGGAAUGAGCAGGAUUUCUACGAUGUCAGUCUUGUUGAUGGAUACAAUCUGGCUAUUUCUGUAACUCCUGUUCGAGGCAAAGGGAAAUGCAGCUAUGCUGGGUGUGUGAGUGACUUGAACACAAUGUGUCCAGCGGGUCUACAAGUGAGGUCUCAUGACAAGAGGCAAGUAGUGGCUUGCAAAAGUGCCUGCUCGGCCUUUAAUUCACCAAGAUAUUGUUGCACUGGAACCUUUGGAAAUCCACAAUCUUGCAAGCCAACAGCUUACUCAAGGAUAUUCAAGACUGCUUGUCCUAAAGCUUACUCAUAUGCUUACGAUGAUCCCACUAGUAUUGCCACUUGCACUGGCAGCAGCUACUUGCUCACCUUCUGUCCUCACCACUAGUCUUGUCACUUGUUCUUUUCACUGUAUGUUAGUACUUAUUAUAUUAUUAGUAGUAUUAAAUCAAAUCAAAUACAUAGUAGUCGUGAUUUUAGACUUCCACCAUAUCUCCUCUCGGUUAGAUUCCUUGCUACGUGACGUAUAUUGUAUGAUCAUCAUCAUUAGUAGUAUUGGUCACUAGUGGUGGAUUCUAUUUAAUUGGCAGCAGUAAUCAUAUUUAGUAGUUAAUUAUGUAUAAGUUGUGAUAUUGUUGGUGCAAUUAUUCUUUGACACAGUUUUGAGCA